AUGCACGGCGAGCCCCUCUUAAUUCUCCCAAGAUAUGAAGGUCGCCCUGCAACGAAGCAAGAAAUUCGUGAUAUGAUCAUUGACCGCUGGCUCAAACGACAAGAACUCGAGAUCCAAUAUCCAUCGGUUCGUAGAUACGUUAAAGGCAAGCAGGAGCCGCUAAGAGUCUACGGGUUCCCUCUCCUUAACAAAGAUUUGGACCAACUUCUGAUCAAUGUUGGAAUCGCCUUCGACCCCGAAGCCCCUCCUACUCAGCGUCACAUUCCGGCAUAUGAAAUUAUUAUAAAUGCGUUACCCAAGCGUAUGGACCCAAGUUUUCAGUAUUGGAGAUGGGUUCAUGGUCCGCCUGAAGAGAAUCAUGGCCGCAUGUUGGUGGUUGCAAUAGCCACCAAUGAGACAUGGCAUGAUCUUGCGGUUGCCUCCGACCACGCAUAUUUGAGAGCCGUCAAUUACGCAUGGUGGACUAAAAUAGAUGGCAAAAUGGAUUUGUACUAUGUUAGAUUACUAUAUCUAAUCAAAGUAGGAAGGAGACACAUCAUGCUAUAUAAUAUAGAGAUGAUGAACUCAUAUGCAAUGUAG